UUUCUCUAGAAAAUUGUGUUUGCUGACAUGUUCUCUUCAGUAAUUUUAACUGCUUCCUGACUUGUACUGUGCUGAGCGUUUUCCUUCACAUUUUAUAAUUUAAUAAAUAAUUAUCAUUGUCUUGUUGAAGGGAAACUGAAACCAUUUACUUUAAUAUUUUUGUAAACCGUUUCGGCAUAUCACCAUAGAGACAUAUUUGAUUUCUAGAUAAUCUCCGGCAGAUAGUGAAACCCAAAGGCUGUACGAGUCACCAACCAUUCGGUCUUACAACAUAAACGUUCCCUUUCCUAAACAUGGGAACUUCCAACGCUCAAAUUUGAGUACGUAUAGUGUUAGGUGGUACAAAUAAGCGACAAGGCUGGACGAAAUAAAGUGGAAGACGAUCUUAUUAGAAAUCAUAGUUUAAAGUCCAGUUUUGAUCGAUGCGCUCGUAAAGUUGGUGAUCAUGUGACAGACGAGGUCUACAUGACAAAACAACUGAAUUGGACUGUCGUGGCAAGUAAUGACAGUCAUAAUUAAACAAUUUUCAGCACAGGAUUCUGUAACGUGGAUCACUGAGACCAGCCUGUGUAGAGCUGAAAACCAUGAGUUUCUCAGAGCGCAGCAGAACAUCUGCAGAUGGAAAUGCAGAAGCAGAAGUCUUGUUGCCUCCCUCCACAAUCUAUGCAGAACCAAAAGACAGGUGGAACUUGGUAUUCCUGAUUUUUAAUUUCCUGGGAAUUGCAUCCCUUUUGCCAUGGAAUUCUGUCACAACUGCCAAAAAUUAUUUUGACUACAAGCUGCGAAAUGUGACCUUACCACCAAAUGUGCCAUACAAUGACCCAAAUGCCGCAACUGAGCUGCAAAGGAUGUUUGAAAGCUACCUGUCUGUGUCUGCCAUGUUAUCAAACUUGGUCUUCAUGUUCCUUGCUGUUGCCUUUGUUAGAAACAUUUCUCUAAAUGUUCGGAUGGUGUCAUCACUGGUGAUAAUAAUAGUCAUCUUCAUAUUUACAGUUGUUCUCGUGGCAGUAGAUAGUGAUUCAUGGCAAUAUGAAUUUUUUGUUGUCACCCUUGUCAGCUCAGCAAUUAUGGUUGGUAUGACAGCUGUGGUAACAGGCUCAAUGUUUGGGCUGUCUUGUCUCUUUCCACCAAAAUACACUCGGUCGGCAAUGACAGGACAGGCAUUGGGUGGAACACUUACUUCUGUGACCAACAUCUUGGCACUUUGGGGUGGUGACAGUCCCAAAGCCAGUGCCUUUGGCUAUUUCUUGUCAGCAACUCUCAUUUCCUUCCUCGCACUAUUGGUGUACUUGUCCCUCUAUCGUUUGAGAUACUCCAAAUUCUAUUUAGUCAAUCAAGACUCUGAAAGUGAGAGUGGCCCAGAGAAAAUUUACAAGACUGAACCUGAGCCUGAGAUUGAUGAUAAUAAAAUCUUAGAUAUUAAUGAAGAUAUUCCUAAUUACACAUCAUUGGUUUCUCAGCGCCAGUAUUUCUCCUCCAUUUUAAAAAAGGUUUGGCCCUAUGGCUUGACUGUGGGUUUGGUUUUUUAUGUUACCCUGGCCUGUUUUCCUGGUCUCACUUCCAUCAUCAAGUCUGUCCACUAUCAGCCUGGGGAUCCCUGGACAGACAAAUAUUUCUCCCCCGUGGUGUGCUUUCUGAUGUUCAACUUCGGAGACUUGUUAGGCCGCUUCUGCACCACAUGGGUACACUGGCCACGCAAUGGGCAAGGUGCACUUCUCAUAAUAAUGGCAGUUCUGCGAGUUGUAUAUAUUCCUCUGUUAAUGAUGUGCCACAUAGACUCAGGAAGCAACAGUUAUUUAAAAAAUUUGCUGAAUAAUGAUGCAUGGCCAAUUGCUCUUAUUCUGACCCUGGGGUUGACCAAUGGCUACUUGGGAACACUGUCCAUGAUGUAUGGACCAAGUCAUGUGGCUAUUGAGCAGGCGGAGGGAGCAGGUAUGGUGAUGACAUUCAGCAUGGUUUUGGGCCUUGCUCUCGGGGCUCUCUCCUCUCUUGCCAUUGUGAAAUAUAUCUGACCAAGUCCCACAGUGUCAAAUUUAUGUUACCAAGUCCCACAGUGUCCUACACAGGAUGGAAAGUUGACACAAACAGUUGUUAGCUCACUGGUGCUCCAUCAGCUGCAUGAGAGAGGAUGUGGCUGGUUUGACAUGCUUUAAUCCUACUGAAGGUUUUAUUUCAAAGAAAAUAGUGAAGUGGUAGAUUUGACUUAAUAUAUGGAUGAUGAAUAUUGAUUUAUUGUUGUUGAUAAUUCUGUUUAUAUUGUAGAGCUAAAUAGAGAAAGCAGACUAAAUUGUUUUUAUGAAUUUCUAAAUGUGUCAUCUAUACCUAGAUGUGCCAGUAUUGUAUUAAAAUACUGUAUAUGGCAAAAAAGGUUGGAAUGCAAAACCCAUGAAUGCAUUCUGCCUUGUGUCUUCUCUUCCUUUCAUGCUGGCUUUAUCCUUUGCGUUUACUUGUUUGCUGACAUGGCAAUAACAGCAAACCAUCCUUUUUUUAACCUGUUUAUUUCUGGCAUUCUAUGGUCAUGUCUGAGCUGAAGGUGAAAAAUUGUCAUACAAAGUGUAUGAAACCAUGAUACAUCACAGAUUCCUAAUGUCUUACAGUGAUUUUCUAGUUCUCAGAAGGGACAUGGUAUUAGUGCAAACAUAUUCCCUUCUUUAGGACUGUCAGAAUGCUCUCUACUUGUCUUUCAUGCAUUUCCUUUGAAUAUUUAUCAUCACUUCUCAUCAUCAUUAUAUUAUGUUUUUCUUUGAUCUCAUUAUACGACAUGACCAUAUAAGGUAAUAUGCGACAUUUACUCUUUAACCAUUGAAACUGACUCUCUGACGGUGAGUUAUCAUGUGCCUGGAAUGAAAGGCACUCCACUAGUCAGGUAAACGACAGCCCUCAGUUUAUAAAGGUGAUGGCAAAGCCAGUGGUUAGAGGUGUUGCUCUCUGCUCUUGAGUCAUGUGCUGCACCAGGGUUGAUUGAGAGUGCAGUGGCUAAAGCGCCUGUCACCAUGACAGUGUGAUUUGAAUGGCAUGGGUUUGGAUCUUGGCUCCACCCUGUUUUUUUGUUGUUGUUUUUUAUAGAAAAAUGCAUCUCGCUGCUGACCCACUAGAAAAUGUUGCUUCUGUUGGACUUCUCCAUAUUGUAUCGUACCUGUAUCGAGAGGGGGACACUUGGUCUCUCUGUAAGUCUCAAAGACUCUUCUGUAGGGCAAGGAUCAUGGGAUUCAGUUCAAGGUCCAUCACUUUCCUGGCUGCUUUAACAUCCUUGCCAAUGCCUUUAGCAGGAGAGUGGAGCAGUCUCUAAGAAAGGGUUUUUUCUUCCCUUAGUCUUUCAGCAGAUAUGUCUGACAUUUUGUAGGCCAUAUUUUUUUCAUGUUUUUCAUUUGCUUGAAUUGGAAGUUGCUGACGUGUCUCCAGUUCCAGACCCUCAGAAGUUGAAGCCUUCUCCAUUCCAUGGGACAGAAGGAUUGUAUACUAGUGAUUCUGCAUCCUCAAGUUUUAAACAGUCUCUGAGAGCUGACAGCCAAGAUGCUUUUUUUCAUCCCAGAUGGGAGAAAGCAUAGAUGACUGAUCUGGUGGACUAGUCCCUCAAAAUGCCAUUCGCCUUUUCAGUUCUUCCUUGUUUGUUCAGACAGGAUUCUGCCUUUCCAGCCUGCCCCAGAGCAACUGAAUUGUCACAUCUGGAUGUCAGCUUUUCUUGCCUUUCUAGAUCUGUUGUCCUAGAUUAAAGUGGUGAUUAAACAUGCUUAAGUCAGUGUGUCUCUACUAGCCUCUAUUUGCAAUCUGUCCAUUGUAAUGUAGAGUUAUCAGACAUGUCCCCCAUCCACUGUUGUUACUGCUCUGCUCUUACAAGGUUCUUUUUAAGAGACCUUUCCAUACACACUGCUCCUCUGGUACUUCUGGGCCUGAUCUCUGUGGCACAACAUCCCAUGACUUGAUAAGCAGGUGGGUUGUUUUGCUUCCCUUCUCUUAAUUUCUGUUCUUCUAGGGUCAUGACACCUGGCAUUGUCAUAGAAGAAAUUAAAUUUUUAUUGUCUAUUCUUUUAGGCUUACCAGAUAACAUAGCAUUGAAGCUUUUAUGAUCUCCCUGCUGUUUGAUUGGGUUUAAGAUUGGUCAAAACAAUUGAUGUGUUGACUUUUAUACCUGUCCAAGUACUGUUGCUUACCUAACCAGUGGAGCAUCCUCAUUGUCAGGGGGUCAAAUGUCAAUGGUUAAAGAGAAAAUGUAGCCUUUAAUCUUCUCUGGUCAUGUCAUCUGGUCUCUCUUAGAAAAUUUGCAAGUAAAAUUUCAUUGUUUGGCCAUGCAGCACUUCAAUAGAAAUGGAACAAUACAUUGUGUGAUAGCUUCUGCUACCUUUGUGUGAAGCUGUCUGUGUGAUACUCUCUGUUACCAUGCUGCUGCAGAAACAAGGGCAUGCCUUCUUGGCUAAGCAUUGCGACAUUUUGUUCAUAACAUGGGCAUUUGAUGUUGUCAGUGUCAUUUUAUUUAUUUCAUCCUAAAACUUCAUGUUUGGUGGGUCUAUCUUUUUUUUUUAAUUUACAAAACCAGGUUCUGAUAUUUACAUAGAGUGGCCUGUGUGAGAAAGCUCUCAAAGACUUGUAUACAAUUUUUUUUUUAUUAAAGGAAAACUUUUUCUGUGUGCCACAUAUAUUUUGAGGUGAUAUUACAAGAGGGCUGUAUUUUGUGACAAGUGAAAGGAGAACAUUAAACAUGAAACUCUGGAAAAGGAGAAGUUGGGGUUUUCCUUAAUUCUUGUCAGAGAGUUUAUUUUAAAGCAUAUACUUAUAUUGAUGUCAGUUCCUUUGGAUAGAGCUACACAAAGUACCUGCUAAUUUAGGUUUGUGUAAUGGGUGCCAUUUAUUCAUUUACAUUUUUUUCCAGACUUAUAAGGCAGACUAGUCAUCUACAUUGUGAUCUUGAUCUCACUUGUUGCCUGAAGAUGCUUAGGUUUUGAAAAAUAACUAUUUAGUGUUAAGACCUGAUUUAAUAAAUCUGGAAUGAACACAGGUUGUGUGCGUGCACAGUGCACACAGAAGAGUUAGCAUAGUUCUUCUUGUGUGUGUGCUAAACCACAUUAUUUCUGGUCAUGUGCUGCUGUCAACAUGGAGGAUACUCUGACUGCACAACCUUGGUAAAUUGGUUCAUUGUAGUUUGUGAUUUGGUUUAAUAUUCAGCAUUUAUGUAGUUACUCUGUAAAAUAUUUUUUUUAUUAUUUGUUGAGAACCAUUCAAAACAAUUUCUCUUUUUUCCAAAUAAAAAAGUCUUGUAAUGCCUGUAAGACUUUUUACCCUUGCAGGCUGUUUAUGGGUUUAAGGGCGCUUACAUUUAAUGUAACUUUCUACUUGCUUGUGCACUCACUGAUGUUUCUUGUUCAUGCUAAUGAGGUCAAGGUUUAAUCAGUGUGUAUUUGUAUUCGGGGAAAUAAUGGACAGUUACUAACAUUUCUUUUAAUAUUUUAAUUAUAAUUAUAUAAUAUUUUAAUAUUUUGUAGUGUGGUUUUAGAUAUUUUUUCUAUUCAUUUUGAACAUAAAAGUUAAAAAGUGUUUGGUUAGUUCAUUUAAUAGAUAAAAAUGAAGUAUAGUUUAAUCCACAGGCUGUGCAAGUAAACAAGAAGCACUUCACAUUAUACCAUUAGAGCAGCACAGAAAUAAAGAGAUAGAAAUAGAGAAAUAAGUUGUUGGUCUUACACUCAGAGGGUUUUAGGGGAUAAUAUUAUUAAUAAAGAUGAUUCAUUGUCUGGCAGUUGUACAUGAGUGUUUCUAUGGUGCCAUGGAUAUCAUUGCAUGUUUUAUUCAAGUGUUGAAUUGUUAGUAAACUUUGUUCUCAGA